AUGAAGGCAGGAAAGCUGCCCAAGCGCUUCUUGACGCGGCGGGACAAGACCGAGAAAACAAGUCAUCACCGCGGCAAGUCUGCAGACGCUGCGCACAAGCACCGACCGUUCUCAGCCGAUGCCUUCUUUACCAUAUUUCGGCCGACCGCAAAGCAAGCUGAGAAGGACCAGGAAAACAAUCAAGAUGAGCCGGCCAAGGUCGAAGAGGUUCUCAAGCGGCUCGCAGAGCUGGAGAUGACAAAUGUUCGCGAGGACCACAUUCUAUUCGCCCUACACUCCCAGUUCGCCGCCGGCGACGUAGACAAGGCCGUCGAGCUCAUGAAACUGCAGAAGGCGACCUUCUCGGGCACCAUCGUCCCCUACAACCCCAAUGUCCCCAUGUUGGGCGCUGAGAAUAGAGGAAUGGUUACAUGCUACCUCGACGCGUUGCUGUUCGCCAUGUUCGCCAAGCUCGAGGCUUUCGAGUGCAUGCUGACCGCGGAAGAGCUCCCAGGCGAGCCGCAAAAGAGGCUGGCCGGACUUUUGAGGUUAUGGGUCAACCUUCUGCGCAGUGGGAAGCUGAUCCACACUGACAUGACCGAGUUAAUUCAAGAAGCGUUGGCGGAAUGUGGUUGGAGUGAUGCUCGGUUCGUCGAGCAACAAGACACAUCGGAAGCCUUUGCCUUUAUCACCGAGACUCUCCAGUUGCCCCUGCUGCCACUCCAGGUUGAUCUGUUCCACCACGGGAAGAAUGACGAGGCGGAUCAUAAGGUGGUCUACGAAAGACUGCUGAACCUUGCCGUACCGCCGGAUCCCGAUGGCAAAGGCAUUAACCUCGAAGAUUGCUUGGAAGAGUACUUCAAUGCCCAAGUUGAUGUGCACCGAGAUAGCUUUGACGACAGGAAAGGAGGCCGAAGAGAAAUGACACCGACGCCAACCCCUCAAACUCCGACUGCCGCUGAUGCACCGUUGACACCAAUGAGCACAAGGAGAUGGACGGCACAUCCAACCCCAAACCUUCCUACUGCACAAGAGCCCCAAUCUCCAACCAGACCACAUCGCAGCCGGACAGAAAGCAUUAUACAACGGGUCGUACUCGACGACAAGAACAAGGCUGCCGCGUCUGAGACGGGAGGUCUGUUUCACCGAGCCAAACGGAGUGUAUCAGUCGUCAAGGCAGUGACAAUACCGGCGUGGCAAUUCUUCCGACUUAUUCCAUGGCAUUCACCUGCGAACCAUGAACCGCAGAGCGAUCUUGAAGUAGCGCGGCACUUUAGUCAAAGGCCAGUUGUCGGCAUCUGCCUGAAACGAUACAUGGUCGAUGAGCAGGGUGUGCCCAAACGGCAAAAUACCUACAUUGACAUCCCUGACAGCUUGAGGCUGCCGCAUUUCAUUGUAGAUGACCGCCACGUGGAAGAGAGUGGCUUGAGCCAAGAGUACAAAUUGGUACUCCAGUCGGUUGUCUGUCACAGAGGCGACUCGUUGCACUCGGGGCAUUAUAUCUCAUUCUGCCGUGUCGCCCCAAAGCUGCUUACGGACAACCGGAGGUAUGACAGCGAUGCGCCUCCCGAUUAUGAAGAAGCACAAUGGGUCAAGUUUGAUGACCUGGCCGUCGAGGACCGCAUUUCUCCAGUUGACGAUAUCAAGCAAUCGCUAAAGGAAGAGAUGCCAUACCUCCUCCUCUAUCAGAUCGUUCCGAUCGUGGACGUUACAGCUAGUUCAACAGACGGCACUGAGGCUGAGCCACCGUCGUAUGACGACUCAGCUCUUCAAUUAAAGAUUCCACAUGGUUCAGAAAGACCUGUGGUGUCGAGACAAGCCAGCAGCUACUUCGACAAUCUCAGCACUUUACCUUCGACCAGUGCUAGUAUUCGCUUCUCGUCAGAGCUAGAGCGCCCGUCUCGGCGAAGCUUUGCAGACGAUGACGGCUUUCUUAGUGUGUCCCGUCGCGGCAGUUGUGCUGUGGACACAUCGCUUGGCCCCAGUCCUGCACUGACACCUCUCGAAGGCCCUUCUCCUAUCGCCACCCCCGGCGAGGAAACCACAGCACAGCGGUUGAGCAGGGCUGCUGCUAAAUUCCGUGCGAGCGGCAGCAAGAGCAGACCACAGAGUCAAGCUGGAGAAGGCCGCAUUAGUCUUACCAUGUCGCGACUGAGCGGGCUUGUACGGGCGAGCAAAGAGCCUUUACAAGACGAUUUCGAGAUAAUUAAUGCCAAUGGAUCAACCACUGCCGAGUCCGAGAAAGAUGAGGAAGAGAGCAAGGAGAAAGAUAACCCUAGUCGUCAGCACCACCAUAAAAGGGGCAGAUCCAAGGCGAGACUUGACAGGGGAAAAGGAAAAGAGAAAGGCAAGAACGGCGAGGUGCCAGAUAGAGAGUGCGUGAUCCAAUAA